GGAGAAUAUUCACUUUAUCUUAACGUAGUAUCCUUAUUAGUUUGAGAUAGUCAUCUAUAGGAUACGUAGCGCUAGCUGGCCCUUCUAGAAAGCAGCCUUACAUACCGGGCUUCCAAGCGCAACCAAUACAACGCAGUAGUUCUCGUAUGCUGGCAUGUGAGAAGGCAGCAUCAGCCGUUGACCCACAGGGUCGCUCUAACGGUCGUCACAUGGCUAGCUUCCAGCAACCCACUGUGCAAGUCCUAGACCAGCUAAUGCCAGCACCGAAUUUUCGUACUGUGCCAUGGCAUCUUUUAACUUCAUGCAAAUAACCUUAUCAACGGAACAGAGGAAUUUAAAGUGUAUGGACGCUGUGCACCGCAGCAGAUACAUGUUGAAUGUUUGCGGGGACGGAAAUUUAUGACAGCACUUGAGACGUGGAUAUGCAAAAGUCAACGGCAUCUACAGGGUCACAGACGAUUGGAGGUACGACUAUCUGGAUCCCAGACAUCGUGCAGCGCGUCGUCAGCUUCCUGCCUAUUAAUGAAGUGGCCUGUACGAUCCGCCUGCUCAACAAGGCCACGGCUGCGCAGCUACGAAGCCCGAUAUACACCGCCGUACGAUUGUCGCAGCCGGUUCCGAUCCAUGCCUUCGCUUGGCGCUGGGGUUCCCCUGACGCCGUGCGUAGCCUGACCUUCGACAAAAGGCUGCGGCUACUUGGCCUUACGGCAGCAAGCGGCAGCUUAACCAACCUGCAGAUAGCAGUGGAGACUUCAGGCUGCGUGCUGGCAGCAAAGCCCUGUAACGUAGUGUUUGGAGAAGCCGCGGCCUCUGGCCAUGUGCACGUCUGCGAGUGGCUUAAGCAGCAGGGUUGCCCGAUGGAUGGCGCUCUGCCUGCAGCUGCAAGGACAGGCCAGCGGGCGGCUUGCGAGUGGCUGUUGGCCCACGACUGCCCCUGGAGUGAUGCCGCGGUGUGCCUUGUGGCUGGUAGCGGCAACAUGGCCCUGCUUGACUGGUUUCUGAGCCUGAGGCAGGGGCCCAGACACAGCCGUACCCCCAGAGUCCGCGUGCCCCCAAAUGUACUCUUCAUAGCAGCAAUUGCGGGCAUGCCAAGCUUGUCCCAGCUACAGCAGCUCCACCAGACCCUGCUGAACUCAGCCCCGCUGGGUGAGUUUGAGUCCAGCGUGCAGGCGCGCAUGGUUGCAGCAGCGGCCGGCAGCCUCUCGCCCGACUGGCACGCUAAGGUGGAGUGGUUGGAGAUGCAGGGCUGCAGGGGUGAUGCGGAGUUCGCCAGGAACGUGGCGGCUCGUCCAGACGCGGCGGACUACCUCGGAAGGCUGCUACGAUGCGGCUGCCCGGUGAACGAGGAUGCAGCUGCCGAGGCCGCUGAACGGGGUGACGUGGCCACCCUGGCGCUGCUUGCGUCGUACUUUCCCAACCUGCUUACGGAAACCGUUGCGCGGAGAGCCGCUAGGGCAGGACAUCUGGAGACCCUGCAGUGGUUGCAUGCACAUGGGUGCCGCAUGGGCGUCUCCACGGUGCGGGCCUCGUUGCACAGCGGGCGCCUGCAGCUGGUGGCAUGGCUGCAGGAGGUCUUGGGGCUUGACUUGCGGGACGCGGAGGCUGCUGCUGGGCUCAUGCGUACGGCAGCGCACCUGGGCAACGUGGAGUUAAUGGCGUGGCUAAGGGAGCGGGGUUGCGGCUGGGGAGAUGGUGUGUUUGUCUCGGCUGCGGAGGGGGGCUGUGAGGAGGCGAUGGAGUGGCUGGCAGCGCAAGGCUGUCCAAUUGACCAGGUGGUUCCGAUGCGCUUUGAUCCAUACAUUGCGGCCAGCCAGCGCGGUGACAUGGCUACGCUGCGUUGCAUGCGCCGCUUAGGCCGCCCCUGGAGCACCCUUGGGGACACCUUCACGGAUUGUGUUGACUCUAACAGUCCGCUGCCGGUGCUGCGGUGGCUGCUGGAGGAACACUGCCCGUUGGACAUAGAAGCCGCCGAGCGUGCUGUGAGACGGUGGUGGUCACCACCGGAACGAUCCGACCUGCUGCGGAGGCUCGGGCGCGAGCAGCGGCAGCGGCAGCCUAGAGCUGAGGGACGAUGUGCUUGGACGCGGGGAUGGCGAGCUCUGUUUGGGUGGUUUGGGGUUUUCCACUGUUGGAGCCGGCAUCGUGAGGGUUGAGGGCAGCAUCUGUUGGGCUUAGUUUGCUCGAAGGGUGAGUCAAAGUAGGGGAGGUUUGGAAGGGCUCGUCUGUAUUCUGUAGGGUUGUAGAAGCCCUCCCUCGGGUUGGAUUCUGUGUCGAAGGUUGUGAAAAGGUGAUUUUCGAUGAUUCAUAACCUUUAGCCUGAUGUUGCAUGGGGUCGACAUGGAUGAAGUAGGUUGGUUGGGAUGGUUACUGGGUGACCAGCGCAGAGCGCAGCUGUUUUCAAUAGUAGUGUAAAUACCGCUAUUUUAGAAGUCGUAAG